AGGAAAAUUCCCACCGCGUUAGCAGACCAUGUGGAGAAGAACAAUCUGCAAGGCAAAAUGAAAUACAGCCUCUUCGUCGGCGCCUCGUCAGGAGCUGAGACGGAGAACCGAUGGGCACGUUUGAACAUGAUUGAGCGACGAUCACCACAUCAGGUCGGAAAGGAGAUUGCGAAGGGCAUCAACAAUGGCAACAUCAAGUUCUUUGACAAGCAUUUGAGCAUGUUUCCGGUGGACUUGAUGUACGGAUACUACACCCUCAACAAGCCGUCGAAUAAAUUAGACGUCACCAUUGUUGAAGCAAGCGCUAUCACAGAAGACGGUGGCAUUAUUCCCGGAGCAAGCGUAGGCGCCUCUCCUGAACUCAUUCAGAUGGCCGACAAAAUCAUCAUCGAAGUGAACACCGCUGCGCCGUCGUUCGAAGGCCUGCACGACAUCACGAUGACUGAUCUGCCUCCCCGCCGGAAACCGUACCUCAUCAUGUCGCCUGAGGACCGUAUCGGCACGCCGCAUAUCCCUGUGGAUCCCGAGAAGGUAGUAGCGAUUGUGGAGUCCGACUAUCCAGAUCAGACGCAGCCAAAUGCACCCGAAGAUGACACAAGCAGGGCGAUUGCGGCUAAUCUGAUUGAGUUCCUACAUCACGAAGUUAAACACGGAAGGCUACCGGACAACUUGUUGCCGCUGCAGAGUGGCAUUGGCAAUAUCGCUAAUGCGGUUAUUGGUGGUCUUGCUUCCGGUGGUGCAAACUUCAAGAAUCUCCGCGUCUGGACCGAAGUCCUGCAAGACUCCUUCCUCGAUCUGUUCGACUCCGGUAAUCUAGACUUCGCAACUGCCACCUCGAUCCGCUUCUCUCCCGAUGGAUUCCACCGCUUCUAUCAAAACUGGGACCGCUACGCUCCCAAGCUGCUCCUCCGUUCGCAGCAAGUUUCUAAUUCGCCCGAAAUCAUCCGCCGUCUCGGCGUCAUCGGCAUGAACACCCCUGUCGAAGUCGAUAUUUACGCACACGCAAACUCAACCUGUGUCAUGGGCAGCCGCAUGCUCAACGGCCUCGGUGGCUCCGCAGACUUCCUCCGCAGCGCCAAAUACUCAAUCAUGCACACGCCCUCAACCCGCCCCACAAAGACCGACCCCACGGGCGUAUCCUGCAUCGUGCCAAUGUGCACGCACAUCGACCAGACGGAGCACGAUCUCGACGUCAUCGUCACGGAACAGGGUCUCGCCGAUGUUCGCGGCCUGUGCCCCCGCGAGCGCGCGAGGGUUAUUAUUGACAAGUGCGCGCAUCCGGAUUACCAGCCGAUUCUGCUCGAUUACUUCGACAAGGCGGAGUAUGAGUGUUUGAAGAAGGGAUGGGGCCAUGAGCCGCAUUUGCUGUGGAAUAGCUUUGAUAUGCAUAAGCAUUUGAAUGAGCAUGGGACGAUGAAGUUGCCUAAGUGGGAUUAUACGAGUAGUGAGGAGAAUAUGCAGAAGCCGUGA